GCUUCUCCAACACGUAGUACGAUGGACGCAACGUAUGAUUUGAGGACAUAACCUGACGUCGACGACCCGACACAUUUCGAGCAAUACGGUCGUUGAAGGGAUACGGGUGGAUAGACGAGCAGAUGGCGUAGAGAAAGGGAGGGGAAAGAAAGCUAUCAACCAUCCCACAAGCGCAAAAUCGUCACAUUUGCGGUACUCUACGACCCCCCACUCGACUACGCCAAUUCCACACACCUAACGAACGCCAUGGUCCUCGUCCUCGCAGGAGGCAAGGUGUCCGUGUCCCACCCAACGUCAACGUUCUCGAAUCUCCCGACGUCGUUCAGAGGGCACUGAAGACUGCCUGUUGCGUGGGGAGCUCGAAUCUGGCGUAGCCCCUCUUAUUAGUGACGACGCGCCCUCUGGAAUCGUGCUAACCCAACAUGUAGUACGACGGUACACGCGAUGUAGCUUCAGCAGAGGUCGAGGGCGAUAUGCUGCUGGACGUCGAUAACACCAUACGGUUCGAACAACGUGGUCGUCGUUUAAGGAAUCCAGUGGGAGCGCAAAGAAUGCACGAAAUCCUCAUGUCAGUGGAACUCCGCCUUCCUCGACUCGGCUGCGCCAAAUGCGCUCGUCUAAUAAAUGCUAUGGUUUUCGUCCUCGCAAACCCUCUUAUCAGUGACGACGCGCACUCGGAACCAUGUUCACCAUAGAAGGCGACGCGAAAUUCGGAGGCUGGUUGUUUGAGGAGUUGAAGGAAGGGUUUAGGGAAGCGAAGGUGCAUCUGGGGGAUCAGAAACGAGCGUGACGAGUGGUGGGGAAUUGCCUCAAGGAGACGAUUCGGAAGAACAAGGGCUCACGGGUGUUACCAAGGUUGGAACGAGAGUGUCCGCGCCCCAUCCCAACUCCAAAUCUCUCGAUUCUACCGACGUCGUUAAGGGGGAACUGAAGACCUCCUUUUGCGUGGAGAGCUCAAACCGCGUCUAGGCGACCAACACCCAUUUAUCAGUGACGACGUGCCCCUGGAAACCAUGUUCACGAUGGAAGGCAACGCGAUAUUCGGAGGUUCGUCGUUAGAGGUGUUGAAGGAGUGUAGGGAAGUGAGGUGCAUCCGGGGGAUUGGACAACGAGCGUGAUGGGAGGGAGGAAUCGUUACGCGAAAUACAUCUGUGGUUCAAUAGAACAAACCUUGUC